CAAAUUUCUAAACAAACUCCUUCUUAUUUUGAUGAACAAUAUGUUGUAGAUGAGCAUUCUGAUAAGUAUGAUGAUCCACAAACACAAUUGCUUUGGAAUAAAUUACAUUAUUAAACACAGGUACCUGUUAGCUAUUAAAUAUCAUGACAAUGUUCGUUUGAACCACAAAAAGGUGUUGCUGAAUUACCACAGGUGCAAUUGUUUAUAAAUUACGAACUCAUUUUUCUAUACAAAUCCCAUCCAAAUCAUUGGGAUUCUAACAUACUUAAGUUCUAGAACAGACAAGUUUUUUAAUUGAACCACAAACACAAUCAGAUUUUUAAUUUUGAUUACAACUUUUUAAGCAAACUCCUUUCUAAUCGGUUACAUCAAUACAAUAAGUAGACUAAGAACAUUUAGAAAUCUAAGUUAAACCACAUAAAC